AUGUUGAGUUACAAAUUUUUAGCAUGUAUAGUGAUUUUGUUCUGCCACAGUUUUUACAAUCCUACCGAUAGUGGGGCUGUUCAAAUUACACAGAGUAAUUUAGAUAUGGUACUUGCUUCCAAUGAAGUCGUGUUUAUAAACUUCUAUGCGGAAUGGUGUAGAUUCAGUAAUAUGCUGAUGCCUAUUUUUGAUGAUGCCGCCGAUGAAGUUACAAAAGCCGGCUAUGAUACUGGUAAAGUAGUGAUGGGUAAAGUCGAUUGUGACAAAGAAGGUGCCAUAGCAACAAGAUUCCACAUAUCUAAGUAUCCAACAUUGAAACUAUUCCGAAAUGGUUUACCAGCUAAAAAGGAAUAUAGAGGCCAACGGUCUGUUGAAGCAUUUUCUGAAUUUAUUAAGAAGCAGUUGACUGAUCCUGUUAUCGCAUUUGGUGCUUUGAAAGAGUUGCAAGAUUUAAGUGAAGAUAAGAGACACAUUAUUGGUUAUAUGGAUAGACGGGACCAGCCUGAAUAUGAAGUUCUUAGGAAAGUGGCAGCUAGUCUGAAAGAUGAAUGUAUAUUUCAUGCAGGCUUUGGUGAUGCUUCUCAACAAAUGCAUCCUCCAGGUCAGCCAAUUGUUGUAUUCAGAACGGACAGGAAAACAUCUAUCGAACCUGAUGAAACCUACAAAGGAUCUUUGCUAAACUUUGACCAGUUCUAUAGUUGGGUGCAAGAGAAGUGCAUACCUCUUGUGCGAGAAAUCACCUUUGAAAAUGCUGAAGAAUUGACAGAAGAAGGAUUACCUUUCUUGAUUUUGUUCCACCAUCCUUCAGACACUACAAGUGUGAAAAGAUAUAAGGAAAUUAUUUCAAGAGAAUUGGAAGAUGAUAAACAAAAAAUUAACUUCCUCACUGCUGAUGGGGUACGUUUUGAGCAUCCGUUACAUCAUCUUGGCAAGUCUACAUCAGAUCUACCUCUCAUAGCCAUAGAUUCAUUCAGGCAUAUGUACUUGUUCCCCGACUACAAAGACAUGGAAACACCUGGCAAAUUAAAGGAGUUCCUUCAAGAUUUGUACUCUGGCAAAUUGCAUAGAGAGUUCCACUACGGCCCUGACACGUCUCAAGUCAUAACAAGUGAUGUAAAGGUGACCACUCCUCCGGAGUCCUCAUUCAAGAAGCUAGCACCUUCUAAGAACCGAUACACACUCCUUAGGGACGAGUUA